CAACCGCCGCUCACGUCGCCGCGAUCUCGCGAACGCCGUCGCAAAAAUGAGAUAAAGUGCGAAGAACACCGCGAUGCGUGCGAUGACGCGCGAAAACAUUAGCUCUUACCGUGAAGAAACGCGCGCGCGUAUUGCCGGAAGGCGGCGAAGUAGUGAUUUCACGAUUCCCGCGGAACGCGCACAAAAACGAGCGCGCCAGCAGUCAGCCCAGCUCGAACCCCCCCUCCGCGCGGGGGGAGCGCAGUGUUUUGAGGGUGGCGAGCUCUCCGCGUCCUCCAGGCGACGCGUUCGAGGCUCACGAGUCGAGACGCGGCGGGCGCGUUCGUACACCAGGCGUGAGCGCGGCUGCGUGCGCCCGCGCGCGCGCUCGCGCAAACCGAACAAAUUCCCCAUAGAGGAAUUUCCCCAUAGGGCUACAAUAAGAAAAUCACGCCUCUCCAAUUGCCCAUAGGAAAAAUUCUCAGCUUUUCGCCGGAAAGGGACGGAAUAAUUUAUGCUGACUACAAGAGUAUCAUAUAAUGCGGAAGUACAACUAUCGCUGUAUGUACGAAAGUAUUAGCUAUGUGCUACGAAAGUACUUUCGUACUAUUAUGAUAGAACAUAAUACGUUAGUAUACUUUAUCAUACUUUCGUACAUAGUAGUACGGUAUAUAUGAACAUAAAAAUAAUACUG